CCACUGCCCCGAUUCCCCCUAGUGCCAGGCACCCGUUGGGCAGGCGCCCUGAGCAGGUCUCGUAGGUUGCUAAAGCAUGCUGGGUCCAGCCAGGACAGGGUUCCUGUCUGGGCUGCGGCGCGGGAGCAGAGCUGUACCGACGCUGCAAUCCCAGGAACUCGCUCUCCCGGCCCGGUAGGAGACCGCGCCAAACGCGCCGGGAUGGCUGCCGGGCCGCACGGAGGGGCGGGGCUCACCAAGGCUCCACCCAGCAGCCUCUGUUCGCACGCCGGGUGCUGAUCCGCGCCGAGACCGACUCGCCACCACCCAGAGCGCCGCGGGCCGGGGUGGAGAGGCGCAAGGCGCCGGAUAGCCUCGGGCGAGGGCCGGUGCUGGCCGGCUAUGCCUCCUGCCGCUGCGGUUCAGGCCGGCGCCCGAGCGCCCGCGGCCUCGAAGGAGCUGCUGGGUUCCGGGGGUGCUGCGCUGUGAGGCCCGGGCCUAGAGCCCGCCGCGGCCGCUGAAGAGCGGCCCAGGAACCGCGCUCGCCGGCGCUCGCGCCCCCGCCUUCCUCCCGCGCCGGCCCCGCCUCGGCUCGCUGCCCUCGGCUGCCGGCCGCCAUGGCCUCCGCCGCCAGGGAGAGCGCGGGAUCGGUGCUCCGGCGACUGUCGCGUCACCGGGUGCUGCGCGGGCUGCUGCUGCUCUGCCUGUGGCUGCCGAGCGGCCGCGCUACCGGGCCGCCCGCGGCGCCGCUGUCGGAGCUGCACGCGCAGCUGUCGGGCGUGGAGCAGCUGUUGGAGGAGUUCCGCCGACAGCUGCAGCAGGAGCGGCCGCAGGAGGAGCUGGAGCUGGAGCUGCGCGCGGGCGGCGGCCCGCAGGAGGACUGCCCGGGCCCGGGCGGCGGCGGCUACAGCGCCUUGCCGGACGCCAUCAUCCGCACCAAGGACUCCCUGGCGGCGGGCGCCAGCUUCCUGCGGGCGCCGGCGGCCGUGCGGGGUUGGCGGCAGUGCGUGGCGGCCUGCUGCUCCGAGCCAGGCUGCUCAGUGGCUGUCGUGGAGCUGCCCCGGCGGCCCGCGCCCCCGGCCGCGGCGCUCGGCUGCUACCUCUUCAACUGCACGGCACAUGGCCGCAGCGUCUGCAAGUUCGCGCUGCACCGCGGCUACAGCAGCUACAGCCUCAGCCGCGCCACGGACGGCGCCGCCCCGGCUACCGCGCGCGCCUCGCCCCGGCAGGAAAAGGAUGCACCUCCACUUAGCAAGGCUGGGCAGGAUGUGGUUCUGCAUCUGCCCGCAGACGGGGUGGUUCUAGACGGCCGUGAGAGCACAGAUGACCACGCCAUCAUCCAGUAUGAGUGGGCGCUGCUGCAGGGGAACCCGUCAGUGGACAUGAAGGUACUUCAAUCAGGAACCCUGAAGCUGUCCCACCUACAGGAGGGAACCUAUACUUUCCAGCUGACCGUGACGGACACUGCCGGGCAGAAAAGCUCUGACAACGUGUCAGUGACGGUGCUUCCCACGGCCUACUCCACGGGAGGAUGUUUGCACCCUUGCUCACGCUACCACUUCUUCUGUGAUGAUGGCUGCUGCAUUGACAUCACGCUCGCCUGUGACGGAGUGCGGCAGUGUCCCGACGGGUCUGAUGAAGACUUCUGCCAGAAUCUGGGCCUGGACCGCAAGAUGGUAACCCACACGGCUGCUAGUCCUGCCCAGCCAAGAACCACAGGGCUGAGUGAAGACACAGGGGACGAAUCCUUGGUGGAAAAGUCUCAGAAAGCCACUACUGCAAACAAGACACCUGCAUUACCAAACACGGAGAAGAGGAAUCAUUCCACCUUUUGGGGACCAGAGAGUCAAAUCAUUCCUCUGAUGCCGGAUAGAAGUUCAUCAGGGAAGAACAGAAAAGAGGAAAAUUAUAUUUUUGAGUCAAAGGCCAGUGGAAGAGGAGGGGAACACCCAGCUCCAGAAACAGGUGCAGUGCUACCCCUGGCACUGGGUUUGGCCAUCACUGCUCUGCUGCUUCUCAUGGUUGCGUGCCGACUACGACUGGUGAAACAGAAACUUAAAAAAGCUCGUCCCAUUACAUCUGAGGAAUCGGACUACCUCAUAAAUGGGAUGUAUCUAUAGUAAUGUAAUUUAAAGAGCUUGGGGCAUGACAUGUUUUGUUUAUAAUCUAUACUUCUAUUAAGUUCUAGAUAUUUACAGUCUCUUUUGUUUUUAAUUGGGCCAGGAAAUUCUCCAAAUCCCAAAUCUUUGUCUUUAUUAUUUAUUGUAAAAAAAAUUUUCCUUAGAAAGUCUCUUGGAUCUGGCUGAUGACUAACAGCUCAGGAUUGUAGCUCCCAGUGAAAGCUCAGAGAACGAGAGGAUGCCACACUUUCAGAUGAAUUUUCAUAGCUCACAGACCAGCAGAUUUCUAGUGGAGGAGCCCCACGGGUCACCAGUGUGACUCUUGUGGCCAGCGCAGCGGUUUUGCUGGCACCUUGGCACAGCAGCUCUUCAUGCAGAGUAAAUGGGACUGGUUCCCUUACUGACUGGUGUUUGGAGCUCCGGGAAGGCAGAGCCGCUUGUUGCGGACUCAAGAAGAAAGCCAGACCAGAGAUUCCCGGGCAGAAGAGCACCAUCAGUCUUAUUGCUGCUAUUUUGGCCGGCGCAGUGGGUUGCUUGAAUCCCAGCGCUGGGAAUCAAUAAAUUGGACGUCGACUCAGAAACCUAAUUAGAAAGGUGGUAAUUGUAAAGAUGACAGAUGGAUAAAUUUAUAAUAAAGGGAAAAAACCAGCCUAAGAAGGCCGAGCAUACCCAAAAUCAGAACCCCUCUCCCUCUACAGGGGAUUGCAGUUCCUCAUCAGCAACGGAACAAGCCCUGAUGGAAAAGGACUGUGUUCCAUUAUCUGAAGUAGGCUUCAGAAGGUGGAUGAUAAGAAACUUCUGGGAAUUAAAAGAACUUGUUCUAACCCAGUGUAAAGAAAAUAAGAACUUUGAAAAAAGGUUUGACAAAAUGCUGAAAAGAAUAGACAAUAUAGAGAGGAAUAUAAAUGAACUAACGGAGUUGAAAAACACAACACGAGAACUUAGUGAAAUAUACACAAGUUUAAAUAGCAGAAUGGAUCAAGCAGAAGAAAGGAUAUCAGAGGUCGAAGACCAACUUAAUGAAAUAAAAUGACAAGACAAGAAUAGAGAAAAAAGGAUGAAAAGGAAUGAGCAAAGUCUUCAAGAAAUAUGGGACUAUGUGAAAAGACCCAAUCUACGUUUGAUUGGUGUAUCUGAAUGUGAUGGAGAGAAUGAAUCCAAGCUGGAAAAUACUUUUCAGGAUAUUAUCCAGGAAAAUUUUCCCAAUCUAGCAAAGCAGGACACUAUUCAACCCCAGGUAAUACAGAGAACACCACAAAGAUAUUCCUCAAGAAGAGCAACCCCAAGGCACAUAAUCGUUAGAUUCACCAGGAUCGAAACGAAGGAGAAAAUACUAAGGGCAGCCAGAGAGAAAGGCCAGGUUACCCAUAAAGGGAAGCCUAUUAGACUUACAGCAGAUCUCUCAGCGGAAACCCUACAAGCCAGAAGAGAUUUGGGGCCAAUAUUCAACAUACUUAAAGAACAGAACUUUCAGCCUAGAAUCUCAUAUCCUGCCAAACUAAGCUUCACAACUGAAGGAAAAAUAAAAUCUUUUAUGAACAAGCAAGUAGUCAGAGAUUUUAUUACCACCAGGCCUGCUUUAGAACUUCUGAAAGAAGCAUUAUACAUAGAAAGGAACAACCAGUAUGAGCCUUUCUAAAAAUAUACCAAAAAGUAAAGAACAUCAACAUAAAGAAGAAUUUACAUCAACGAAUGGAUAAAACAGCCAGUUAACAUCAAAUGGCAGUAACCCUAAAUUUAAAUCGACUAAAUCCCCCAAUCACAAGAUACAGCCAAAACUUAACGGUAUAUCCAAAGAUACACAAAGACUCAAAACAAAGGGUUGGAGAAAAAUUUACCAACCAAAUGGAGAGCAAAAAUAAAUAAAUAAACAAAAGCAGGAGUUGCAGUUCUCACAUUUGAUAAAAUAGAUUUCAAAGCAACAAAGAUACAGUGGUAAAAGGAUCAAUGCAACAAUAAGAGAUCUUAAUACCCAGAUACAUAAGACCCAUAACGAGAUUUAGACUCAACGAGACAGAAAAUUAAUAAGGAUAUCCAGGACUUCAACUCAGAUCCGGAACAAGUAAACCCAAUAAAUAUUUAUAGAGUUCUCCAUUUUAAAUACACAAAAUAUUGACCGGCCAUUAUUAAUACCCAUUUUUAGAAUGCAGCAAUAUUCCUGUUCUCUCUCCCUCUUUUUCUUCCUCUUUCUUCCUCUCCUUCUCUCCUUUUUUUACUUUCCAACAUCGUAGUUCCUCACCUCUACUCAAUACAUUCCUCUGAACACCUGAUUCCUUGUGAUUCUCCCAUCCCACUGAAAGCUCCAAUCCAUAAAUAUAAAUAUAAAAAAUAAAAAAAUAAAGUCCUUAAAUUAAAAAAAAAAGUCAUAAAAUAUUUUGAAAUUUAGAGAGGAAUUUAUGAUUAAAGAUUUCUAAAAAUAUAAUUCUGAUUUAUGUAAGCUGUCCCCGAAAACAGAAAUUUGUACUUAGCUGAGACAGAAAAUUCAGCAUCUCAGGAGUUGGUUUUAGGAUGACUGUGUUAAUCCUUUACUUUUUAGAAGCCAACUGUUGGCCCUUCCAAUGCUGGACAGCUUUAGGCACAGCUCCCCCUUGUUCUGUGGCCCUUUCUUUCCUCCUUUAAGCUCCAAUAUUCUUCUUUUCCCCCCUCUAAACCCAUUUCUGAGAGUGGAUCUCAAGCAAGUCCAUGCCUUCAAUCAGAUGUUACUUAUAGCGGAUAAACCUAAAUUAUAAACCUUAUGUACAGGUCAGUGAGCCUCGGGGAAGAUGAGUGUGGAUCCUUCCCAAUGCCCCUGAUGUCAUGUCAUAUAGGUGGCUGCCUCCUUAGACUGACCUUCGGGAGAAAAAAAACCCAGACUUUGAAUUAGAAACAGCUCUAAGAUGGUGAUGCAGUGAGAUAGGAAAUCAAGAUGGAAGCAGAGAAUCUGGUGUGCCAAAAACAAACAGAAACUUAGUUGAGGGCAAAGAGAACAAGGAGAACGUUUAAUACUUCAAACAACGUUUAAUACUUCAAACAUCAAGUCAACACGGCCCCAUGGUUGAGAGCACAGCAACUCAUUUGUAAAAAUGUCAUCAUGUCACAUCCAAUGGAAUGAGCCAACUUACUUUUUUUUUUUUUUGAGAUGGAGUCUUGUAUCCAGGCCAGAGUGCAGUAGUGUGAUCUUGCUUGGCUCACCACAACCUCUGCCUUCCAGGUUCAAGUGAUUCUCUUGCCUCAGCCUCCCGAGCAGUUUAAUUUGUAGGCUUUUAAAGGCAACUUACUCCCACCAUCACUUAAGGCCAGGAUUAUACACAUUCUAGAAAUGAUUCUGAGAGGAAUGUACAGCAUGGUGCCUAUCUACAGUCACAUGAUGGUCCUAUUUACAUGAUUUUUACCAUAAGUGGCAAAUAUUUGAAAAACGCCCAGAGUCUAGUACAGUUUAUUUUUAGACUGAACAUGAAGUAGGUUGUUCUUUUAGCAAAGGGCUUAAUUUGGGUGGGGACUAUAACAUAUCAAAAUACAUGAACAAAUGGAAAAUUAGUUCUAGAAAAACAAAGAAAUUGGGUAUCAUUUUUGUUUCUUGGGAAGCUAAUUUUGUUAAAUGUUUAGAAUUGAGCAAAGAUUUAAAUUUUUGAAGGGCAGUUUAGAAAAAUGAACUUUGUAAGUGAACUUAAGAUGUCUGUACUCUAUAUGUGAUGCUGUACAGUUUGUUUUUAUAUGGAAAGAUGUCACUUAGAGCCAUAACCAAUAAAAUAAAAAUUGAUGAGGCAUGCAGCUUUCAGCAUAUCUGUUAGACAUGAUGAAAUUAAUUUCGUGUUGCUAUGGUGUUGAAAUAUCUGAGAAAAAAAUGCCCUGUAUCUUUGUAAACAUGAUUCCUUUUAAUAAAUUGUAUUUUAUUAUUA